UUCAUCCUGUCAGUCGGCCGAUGUGCCGGCGUCUUUUGCGCGCUCCCAUUUACGUUCGCGAUGGCUGUGUACUGUAAACGCGAGAAACAUUUUUUCUACAACAGCUUGUCAAUUCUGCUAAAAGCUGUAGAGAAACAACGAACGACGAUAGAUUUGCGUAACGAAGCAUCGAUUUUCGGCAUUGUCGAACAGACCGAUGCAUAUAUGAACGUCGUAAUGAAAGACUGCGUGUUUACGGAUCCACGUGGAGACUCCUUUCAGUUUGACAUGUUUUUCGUGCAAGCGAGGAACAUCCGUUGUGUUCAUAUCCCGCCAAACAUACGGAUUAUACCAGCUAUCAAGGAACAGUUAAAGCAUUUAAGUGGUCCAUCAAAAGAAAUGAGGAAUACAAAGUAUACUUUUAAGAAGAAACGCACUGAACAAAGGCAGCAGGAAGGUCUUACUGCUGUAGAACAAAUUUUAGAAAUUAGAGAUGAAACAAAAAAUCAAUCCACAAAAUAAAUUAUAUUUUAUAAGA